AUGUCUCCCUCCACAUCCAAGCUCGGCCGGGCCAUCUUCUGCCUCUCAGCGCUUGCGGGCCUGGCCUCUGGCGCGGCGAUCCAGCGCCGCGACGAGAUCGACAGUGAUGCCGUGGUCGGGUUUCCAGAGACGGUCCCGGCUAACGCGACCGGCGAGCUGUACUUGAAGUACAAGCCGUGGCUGAAGGUCGUCAAUGGCUGCGUGCCUUUCCCCGCGGUCGACGAGGCUGGAAACACCAACGCGGGCCUCAACCCCUCCGGCGACUCCUCCGGCGACUGCGACUCCAGCACCGGCCAAGUCUACGUCCGCGGCACGACCUACAACUCGCAAUACGCGAUCAUGUACUCAUGGUACAUGCCGAAAGACGAGCCCUCGAACGGAAUCGGGCACCGCCAUGACUGGGAAGGCGCGGUGGUAUGGCUCUCGUCAGCCGACGCCACGGGCGAGCUGCUGGGCAUAGCGGCCUCCGGCCACGGCGGCUUUCAGACCUCCACCUCCCCCACCCUCGAUGGCUCUAGGCCCCUCAUCCGCUACUAUAGUAACUGGCCCCUCGACCACCAGCUCGGGUUUACGGAUGAGAAAGGCGGCGAGCAGCCGCUUGUUGCGUGGGAGUCGCUGCCGGAGGCUGCGAGGACGGCGCUUGAGAAUACGGAUUUUGACAAGGCGAAUGUGCCGUUUAAGGAUGCGAACUUUGAGGCUAAUUUGGAGAAGGCGGCGCUGUAG